AUGGUCCAACAGUUGAGUUUGCAUUCGGUAAUAGAUGAUGACUCUUUUGAACUGCUAAUAUUAACGAUAUCUAAACUCUCUGGAAGAUCCCCUGUCAUCUUCGCAAAUCUUAAUCAUGUAGCAGUGCCAAACCCUAAAUACGACAUAGAAAAGGUGAAUGCUAAGAAUCAGCUUGUGGAACAAACAAGAAUUAGGAUAAUAGAAGAUAUUCCAAUAGCAAAACUCAAUUCCAACCAAAUUAGCUACAAGAUAUGUGGAAAGUUGAAAGGUGACGACCUACCGAUAGAUAUGAAAUACUUGCAAUCAGUACCUCAUAAUAGCAGUGGAGAUGCCCGCCCAUGGUGCUUAAAUCUGCGCGAUAUUCCAUAUGCAGGAAAAGAUAGGAAGGUAUGUAUGCAGGCUAUGCUCGAAUCGGUGAUUUCUUCUACUGGUGGUGCUAAGUCAUCGAUAUAUUCCUUCCUUGGAGAACUUGGGUACGUACCCGAGUACCAAUUCAUAGAAAUCGGUACUAUGUUUUACAUGGAAGAUGGACUGGUAUUUAAGAUCUUUAAGGUUUGGGAUCUUGAUAAUGAAAAUGAUAAAACAACUCUAAUUACCAAGGGUGGGUUUUUAGUUAAAGUAUAUGUUAACGUUGCUAAAUCGACCGAUAUCGAGGCCAUUAACAACGGGACUGCUAACCUGCUAAACAUUAAAAGGGAAUUGAAGGAAUACAUAGAUUUGACUGUUCCGGAUAGGAAAUGCAUGGAUUCCCGGAUAGGUCACUUGAAUGAUUUCUAA